UGCCAGGAUGUGUACCGGGGCCGGCUGGCCUCUGUGCACAGCGCUGCCCGCAACCAGGAGCUGCAGAAACUGGCACAAACCUACCACAUCAUCAUCUCACCCUGGAUUGGAGCUGUCACCAGCCGCAGGGCAGGGCAGUGGGAGUCCUACUGGGAGGACUCCAGCCCCUGGAACUACGCAAACUGGGCACCUACCCACCCCUUCCACAUCGUCACCACCUGCACCACCCUCAGCGUCCAAGAUGGGCUCUGGCGAAGCCGCUUCUGCUUCCAGCUGCGUCCUUUCAUCUGCCAGUACUGAGCACCCAGCGCUGCCAAGGCAGCCCAGUUCCUUUCCCAGUAAAGCAGAGAAGCCCUGA